AUAUAAUAUUGACAAGAUACAAAUAUCAUCAACAACCUGGAAAUUAUAUUAGGCAAAAAAAAAAAAAAACUAUGGUUUUGAAGAAAUAUCAACCAUACUUGGCAAUGCUUUUUAUACAAAUAUUAUAUGCAGGAAUGGCUUUGUUGUCUAAAGCAUCUAUUUCCAAUGGCAUGAACCCUUACGUGUUUGUUGUUUAUCGACAAGCAUUUGCAACCCUAUCUUUGGCUCCCUUCACGAUUUUCCUCGAAAGUAGCAAGACAACUUCUCUUUCAUUCACCUUACUAGUGAAGAUAUUCUUUAUAUCCUUAUUUGGGAUUACCUUGAGCUUGGAUCUAUGCUAUGUUUCAAUAAGUUACAUAUCGGCUACAUCUGCAUCUGCAAGCACUAACACAAUUCCUGUUAUUACCUUCAUUUUGGCUUUAUGCUUCAGGAUGGAGAGCAUUUGUUACAAGCAAAGCCAUGGAAUAGCUAAGAUUAUGGGUACAUUUAUAUGUGUUGCUGGGGCUUUAGUAUAUGCUUUUGUAAAUGGACCUCCUAUAUAUCCAGAAAGCCACAAAAAAGUUGAUUAUCAAACUUCAAUUGGUACCUCCAAAGGGGAAUGGAUUAAAGGUUCUCUCAUCAUGCUCUUAGCCAACACAAUGUGGUCAUUGUGGCUUAUUCUCCAGGGUCCACUUAUGAAACAAUAUCCAGCAAAAUUAAGGCUCACAACUCUUCAAUGCCUCUUUAGUUGCAUUCAAUCAGCAAUUUGGGCUAUUUCAGUAAAGAGGGACAUUGCUGCAUGGAAAUUAGGUUUCAAUUUAAAUCUUCUCUCUGUGGCUUAUUGUGGUGUGUUGGUCACUGGCGUGUCAUAUUGGCUAAGAGCAUGGGUAAUUGAGAUAAAAGGACCAGUUUUUACUGCUAUGUUUACUCCAAUAUCUCUAAUAGUUACUGCCUUCUUUUCAUCUAUAUUUUGGAAGGAGACUCCUCAUUUGGGAAGUGUUUGUGGAGCAAUAUUGUUAGUGAUGGGACUAUAUGGUGUUUUGUGGGGUAAACAAAAGGAAGCAGAAUGCAAAAAGACAAGUCAAUACAAAGGAGAAAUUACCAACAUAUAGCAAAGCGAAAUGAAUGGAUAUGCAUUAUUAAGAU